GUCCCUGACCCCCCCAUGCCCCCGGGAGCCGGGCCGCACCUUGAGCGUCACAUCGCAGAGCUUUCCCUGCCGCCGGAUCUCGCCCAUCACUCCAUAGCCGCGGCUGGGCAGGUCUCCCACCGAGAAAUGCACCAGAUCCUCGGGAUCCAGCUCCGGGUCCGCCGCCGCCGCCGCUUCCAGCAUCGUCCCGGCCACUCCCGUGCCGCCGUCGUCCCGCUUCGCCCCCGCCGCGCGCUGGCCCCGCCCGGCCGCCGUAUGCGGGGCCACUUCCGGGAGAGACCGGAAGUUACCGUUGCCAUAGAACAUCCGGAAGUGGACGCUGCCAUGGCGACCCCGGACUCCACACCGGGCCCUUCUGUGCAGGGGUCGCAGGAGACAACUGAGCACGGGGGGCUUAAGUGGCCGGAAGAGAGUCAAGGUUCUGCAUCCAAAUCAGAGACCGAACAAACGGAACAAGAGAAGAAGCAGGAUCAGGACCAAGACCAAAAGAAGGAGAAAGAGCAGGGGAAGGAGAAGGAUGAGGACCAGGAAAGCAUCAUUUCCUCACUGCUCUCUGACGGGCUCCCCGAGAGCGAUACCUCCAGAGAACCAAAGCGAGUCCAGGUGUUCGUGCGAAUCAAGCCAUCAGCUAAUUUUCCCCAAGAUAUGAUCAAGCUUGGGUCAGACAACAAGAGCAUCUUUAUCUCCAUCCAAAAGAGUCCCAGGGGAGGAGCUGUGAAUAACACUCAGACUGACUGGUCCUUCAAGCUGGAUGGGCUCCUGCACAACGCUUCCCAGGAACAGGUCUAUGAGACUGUGGCAAAGAAACUGGUGGCCAAGGCUUUGCAGGGCUACAAUGGCACCAUCAUGUGCUAUGGGCAAACUGGGGCUGGCAAAACCUACACCAUGACUGGAGCAACCUCUCAUUACAAGCAGCGAGGGAUCAUCCCCAGAGCUAUCCAGCAGAUCUUCAAAGCAGCCACAGAAUUCCUCAAUAUCCUGGUCACCGUCCGGAUUUCCUACCUGGAGAUCUACAACGAGGUCCUGUUUGACCUGCUGGCACCAGGGCUGGGCCGAGGGAUCAAGGACUCCCAGCUGGCUGUCCUGGACGGCCCCCAGGGUGUUUAUGUCAAGGGUCUCUCCAUCCACCCAGUCAGCCACGAGGAGGAGGCUCUGCAUCUCCUCUUUGAGGGUGAGACCAACAGAGUGAUAGCAGAGCACACCCUCAAUAAGAAUUCCUCAAGAUCCCACUGCAUCUUCACCAUGUACAUUGAGUGUCGUUCCAGAGAUUACACAAAUCUCAAAUGCCUUAAAUCCAAACUCACCUUAAUUGACCUGGCAGGAUCUGAGAGACUGAGCAAGACCGGGUCUGAAGGCCUGGGCCGGGUAGAAGCCGCCUACAUCAACAAAUCCCUGUCGUUCCUGGAGCAGCUCGUCAUCGCCCUGGCUGAUCCCAAGCGGGAGCACAUUCCCUUCCGGCAGAGCAAACUCACCCAUGUCCUCAGGGACUCACUGGGGGGAAACUGCAACACUGUCCUGGUGACAAACGUCUCUGGGGAACCUACACAUCUGGAAGAGACUCUGUCUUCCCUUCGCUUUGCCACCAGGAUGAACUGGGUGACAGCAGAGCCUGUCCCCAACGGAGUCUUUUACCGGGAGGUGUCAGUAAAGGCUUUGGAGGAGGAGAUCCAUCUCCUGAAGCAGGAGCUGAUCAUGCAGGACUGCUUGGCAAAUCGUUCCAUCCCAACUUACACCCCUCUGACUGCAGCCCAGAGAGGAGAAAUCAGAUCUCAAGUGCAGGAAUACCUCCGAGGAACCAUUGAGGAAAUCGAUAUUGUGAAUGUCAGGCAGAUCCAGGAGGUGUUUAGACAGUUCAAGGUGAUUGUAAGCCAACAGGAGGAGAAGGUGGAGCACAGGCUUCGGAGCAAGUACAGGCGGAGACGCAGAGAUGGCCUCGAGUCUGAGUCUGACUCYGAGUCGGAGUCGGACUCUGAGCCCAGCUCUGAUCUGCAGCUUGAGGGUGACGAGGAGGAGCUCCUGACAAUGGCAAGUGACAUUGAUAUGGAUGAGGAUUUGGACGAGGAAGGGGAUGGAGARACUCUUGGGACUGGAAGUCCUUCUGCAACCCCCAUUCCUAGUGGGAAGAAGGAAGCCAGGAAGGGCGAGGAACACCUCAUGAAGGAACCAAGUGGGAGCUCUCUUCCUGAUGGUCAGGAUGACCAUUCUUCACUGCCAAAAAGGCCCACCAAGGAUCUGGAUCAGGAAGGGAGAAGAAAGGAGCAGGACGGUGCAGCCUCCUCAAUCCCACAUCCAAAGAAGGGCUCCCGCAAGUCCAGGCCCCACCCAUCCCAACAAGAGGCCUUUGAGCUGUUUAAGAAAGAGCCUGGAAAGGAGAUCCAGCGGAUCUUCAGGGAGAACAAGAGAAUCCUCCUGGACAGGAAGCAGAGAUGCAAGUUCAUAAUACAGAGGAUCAACCAUUGCAAGCGGGAGAUGGAGAGAAUCCAYGAGACUCUGGAGGCUCAGAAGCGGAAGCGGAUACAGGAGGGACAAUUCACAGACGAGGAAGGACGGGUGAUCCUCGAUGAGGAUGAGUUUGCCCUCAUCUUGAGGCUGAAGAAGCUGAAGGAGGAGCACAGGAUUUGCUUUGCUGAGCUGCGGGACCUGAAGGUGGAGAUCCAGUACUGCCAGAAGCUCGUGGAUAAGAGCCGAAAAAAGCUCAUCUCAGAAUUCCAGAUCUGGUACAACGAAUCCUUCCUUAUCCCUAAACAUGUGCAGGAAGCUCUGAAGCCCGGUGGGAACAUCAGACCUGGAAUGAUUCCCAUAAACAGAGUCACGCGCCUGGAGGAAGACGAACAGGAAAAGUUUGARCGGAUGCAGGAGACAAAGCUGCUGGAGGGCCCGGGCUCCGUAUCCUUCUACAGGGCCAGGAUGAAGAUAGAUCAAAAGCAAACCUUCAAAAGGACCUUAGCAUCCCUCCGGAAAAUGCGCAGGAAGCCYGGUCUGGUCACAUCUGCUGGGAAGAAGAAACCCCUGUCCUUCCUGCCCAUGAAAUAG